AUGACGCGCAUCGCCAUGCAGUCCGGCGCCGUCAACCUGAGCCAGGGCUUCCCCAACGAGGCGCCGCCGACGGCCAUGGCGCUCGUGCCCGCGGGCAAGCGCAAGGACGCGCUGAACCAGUACUCGUUCCCCUACGGCGCGCCGGCCCUGCGCCGCGCCAUCGAGGCCUACUACAAGCGCUGGUACCCGACCGUCGCCGCCGACGCCGACGCGAACGUCACGGUGGUCAUGGGCGCGACGGAGGGCUUCGCGGCGACGAUCCGCGCGCUGACGGAGCCCGGCGACGUCGUCGCGUUCUUCGAGCCCUUCCACGAGCUCUACCCGAGCCAGCUCGCCAUCUUCGGGCUCACGCCCCGCGCCGUGACGCUCACGGCCGGGAAGGACGCCUGGGGCUUCGACGAGAGCCAGCUCGACGCAUCGCUCGCGGGCGCGAAGCUCCUGCUCUUCAACGAUCCGCACAAUCCCACGGGCCACCGCUUCUCCGACGCCGAGCGCGAUGCCAUCGCGCGGCUCUGCGCGAAGCACGACGUCGUCGUCGUCACCGACGAGAUCUACGAGCACAUGUGCUUCCGCGGCGGGCCCUACGCGACGCUCGCCGCGCGGCCGGACUGCGCGGGCCGCGCCGUCGUCGUCAACUCCAUCUCCAAGACCGCCAAGGCCACGGGCUGGCGCAUCGGCUGGGUCGUCGCGUCCGCGGCCCGCACGGCCAAAAUCCGCGCCGUCCACGACCAGCUCGUCGCCUGCUGCCCGACGCCGCUGCAGCACGGCGUCGCCGCGCUCCUCGACCAUCCCGAGACGGACGAGACGGUCCUCGCGGCGAUCGCCGGCGAGUACGAGGCGAAGCGCGACGCGCUGGCCGCGGCGCUCGCGCGCGCGGGCUUCGGCCUCGGGCCGACGCCCGCGGGCUCCUACUACCUCUUCGUGACCUUCGGCGGCGUCGCCGCGCUCGCGGGCCUCUCGCCGACGGACGCGGCGCUGAAGAUGACGCGCGACUUCAAGGUCGCCUGCGUCCCCGGCGACAACUUCUACCUCGGCGCGUCCAAGGCGACGCACGGGGCGAAGUACCUCCGCUUCGCCUUCGUCCGCUCCCUCGACGUCAUCGCCGACGCCGCGGCGAACCUCGCGAAGCUCCCCAGCUAA